AUGAAGAAGGACGAACAACGGUAUCAACUCGCUCCAACCGAGGAGGAGGGAAAGGACCUCAACGACCAUGAGACUCUGUCCGAGACCGUGGGGGAUCGCGCGACCACCAGCCCGCGCCAGCGCACCCAGCUGCGGAUACACUACAGCAUUAUCACGGUCGCAUACACGCUGCUCAUCCCCCUCUACCUCCUCCUCCUGACCCAUACCCCGCUCGCCCUCGACAGACUCAUCACCAACCCUCACAACGCCAUCUUCCCGUCCCUCCGCACCGCCCACGCCGUAGGGUACGAAACCCGCCCGUGGCCCGUCCGCCUCCACAACAACCCCUUCGCCGGCAAACCGCGGCCGGAGCUCGAGGCCGCCUGGCACACGCUGUUUGAGAAGAACAACAUCCGCGUCACCGAGGAGGACCUCGCCUUCUACAACGUCACCUCUCUCCCGAUCGUCGGGGCUGCAGGCGAAGGCCAAGGCGAAGGUGCGGGGGAGUUCGUCGGCCAGCUGGGGGUGUUCCACGAACUCCACUGCCUCAAGCGCAUCCGCCACUGGAUCUACCGCGACCACUAUCUAGCGGACGCCCCAGCGGCGGUGCUGGUGGAGGAGGAGGCGCACGUCGACCACUGCGUCGAGUUGCUCCGGGAGGCAAUUCUGUGUCGGGCGGACGUGACGCUGAGUGGGUUCCGGUGGAUUCAGACCGGUCCUGAGGGCAAGCAGAGGGACUUGACGGUCGAAGCGAAGGGGAAUCAUGUCUGCGUCGAUUGGGAGCGAUUGCGGGCGUGGAAUGAUGCACGAGCGGUGGAUGCGUGGGAGCCCGGGGUUGUGGGGGGCGCUUAG